AUGCCACUGCAGGAGGAGACCCUCCGGGAAGUGUGGGCCUCAGACAGUGGCCAUGAAGAGGACUGGCUGAGCCCGGAGCCCCCGCUGCGCCCCAAGCAGCGACCCACCCAGGGACAGAAGUUGAGGAAGAAGAAGUCCGAGACCCCCGAGUCUCCGGGAUCCAAGCCCCGCAGAGCUGGAGCUGGGCGCAGGAAGCUCGAGGAGCCGCCGGCGGACCCCGCCGAGGCGUGCGCUGCGCCGACAGUCUACGCCAAGUUCCUUCGGGACCCCGAGGCCAAGAAGAGGGACCCCAGGGAAACCUUCCUGGUUGCCCGCGCCCCAGAUGUGGGAGGCGAGGAGGAUUCGGAGGAGGAUUCAGAUGACGAUGAUGAAGAGGCGGAGGAAGGGGGGAAAAAAGAGAAAAGCUCUCUGCCCCCCAGGAGACCACCCAAGGAGAGAGAGAAGAAAGCCAAGGCCCUAGGCCCGCGGGGGGACCUAGGAAGCCCUGAAGCCCCCCGGAAACCACCCCGCCCCAAGAAGAAGGAGGCUGGGGAGGGCACCAAGCUGAAAAAGGCAAAGAAGAAAGGGGCUGGGGAGACUGACAAGGACCCCGCGAAGAGCCCAGCAGCCCCAAGGAAGAAGAUUCCAGCUGCCAUGUUCCUGGUUGGGGAAGGUGGCCCGGCUGAGAAGGCUGUGAAGAAGAAAGGGCCCUCCAAAGGCUCAGAGGAAGAGAAGAAGGAGGAAGAGGAGGAGGAGGAAGAGGAGGACGCUGCAGUGAUGAAGAACAGUAACCAGAAAGGCCGGGCGAAGGGGAAAGGCAGAAAGAAAGUCAAGGAGGAGAGGGCCCCGUCUCCCCCUGUGGAAGUGGGUGAACCCCGGGAGUUCGUGCUGCAGCCGGCGCCCCAGGGCAGGGCAGUGCGCUGCCGGCUGACACGGGACAAGAAGGGCAUGGACCGCGGCAUGUACCCGUCCUACUUCCUGCACCUGGACACGGAGAAGAAGGUGUUCCUCUUGGCUGGCAGGAAACGCAAGCGCAGUAAGACAGCCAAUUACCUCAUCUCCAGAGACCCUACCAACUUGUCCAGGGGAGGGGAGGAUUUCAUCGGAAAGCUGAGGUCCAAUCUCCUGGGCAACCGCUUCACGGUCUUUGACAACGGGCAGAACCCACAGCGCGGUGGCGGAGGUGUGGAGGUGGGGAGCCUGCGCCAGGAGCUGGCAGCUGUCGUCUAUGAAACCAAUGUUUUAGGGUUCCGAGGACCCCGACGCAUGACGGUCAUCAUCCCCGGAAUGAACUCGGACAAUGAGAGGGUCCCUAUCCGGCCCCGAAAUUCCAGCGAUGGGCUGCUGGUUCGCUGGCAGAACAAGACGCUGGAGAGCCUCAUCGAGCUGCAUAACAAGCCGCCCAUCUGGAAUGAGGACAGUGGCUCCUACACCCUCAACUUCCAGGGCCGGGUCACCCAGGCCUCCGUCAAGAACUUUCAGAUUGUACACGCUGAUGACCCCGACUAUAUAGUGCUCCAGUUCGGUCGGGUAGCUGAGGACGCCUUCACCCUGGACUACCGGUACCCGCUGUGCGCCCUGCAAGCCUUCGCCAUCGCGCUCUCCAGCUUCGAUGGGAAGCUGGCCUGCGAAUGACCCCGCAGCUCCUCAGCGCUGAGAAAGCAUUCAGUUGGGGGUGGCAGGGUCCCUCUCCCACAACCCCCACAAAAGGGCUCACCCCUCCGCCUCUCGGUGACCUCCGCGCACCCCCAGCCUAGCACCAGCCAGGCGGAGCUGCUCUGACCAGCUGGGAUGGAGAUGAACAUCUGGUCGCACAGCCAUGCCUGCCUCGCCCCCUCCUCCCCAGUCACUUCCUGCCCGGGAGACUAGUCAGAUGUUCGAGGCCUCUCCGGACCCGCGCUGGGGGAACGGAGAAGCAGAACCAGGGACCCACAUGUUCAAUAAAGUCACA